AUAAUUUGGCCACUCAUAGAGAGUCUGGCUCCGCCCCUGAUCCGAACGCAUUGUCGCCCGAAGCGUUGGAGAAGCAUCGAUGUUGGAAUGGCUUUGAGAAGCAGGUCAGAAGCCAAAAACCUAUCCGAGCCCCGAAACCUGACGGGAUGAAGAGUACGUCGUCCACGGAAGAGAGAAAGAAUUGACGAGUUCGAAAAUUUCAAUCUACUUUCCAGGCUGCACCUCGAAGAGCUUCCACCGGGAGGUAAUUACCUUUUUCGUCAUUCCUUGCGCAGUCGAUGGAGAAUUCUCUGCCAAAUUAGUGCAAAGUGAAGGAAACGACAAGCCAGACAAGAGUGAAAGAGAAGCUGAAGCCUGUUUCCUUAUCCUUGGCCGAUUUUCGUCAAACCAAACCCUAAAUCAUUACCUCAAUUGGAGAAGAUGGUAAUUUUUACUGCUACGACAACUUCUGAAAUAUGGAAAGAGAUAGAACUUGCGGAGAGCUACCUUGUUUGCUCCAUGUUCGAAGGAGCCGCGUCAUUAUCUUCAUCUAUCUUGAAGCGUUUGCGUGAAAAUGGUAGAGGCGUGGCAACCGAAGAAGAAGCUGCUCAAAUGUUUGAUAUGUUGGAAUCAACUGGUAUGGUGCUGGUUCAGUCAUUAAAGGAACUUGGCAGGACAUCAGAAAUUCUGAAUCAACUCAAGCUAUGUUUUAUGUCGGCAAAGUUCAUUCCUGCUCAAGUUCUUCUUACUGGGGUUUGUCUCCAAAUCGCGGACGGUUCUCCUUUGGCUGUUCGAGAACUCAUUGAAGAGUUUCUUGAUGGAUGGAUUCUUGAGGGUGAACAAUACUGCACUGUCGUUGCAGAAGAAAAUUUAGAGCGUGAAACCGGAUGUAAUGUACAAAUUGUUCUAGGAAUUGAUAAGUAUGUGGAAAUUGUUGAGUUCUAUGCUGUCACACUUCUUGCGACAGUUCUAAAUGAUGUAGAUCUUGCUAUUUCGUGGGUUGAGAAAGCUUCAUUACCUGAAGGAAAACGACAGGGAAUUUUGAGGAGGCUACACUCCAUGCAUUCCUCUAAAUCUACCGACAUGUCCCAGAUUUCCCUUUCACAAUCUCCAGCAAAUAAUAACGAAGCUUGUUCUCCGGCAGAACUACAGUCAUCUGAAGGCUUGUCCAAAGCCUUGAAAGGCAAACAUCCAGAAAAUAAAAAGUUUAGAUCAAAAGAAGUGAUUCUAAAAUUGUCUGAACGAAUAGAACCAUGUUUCUGGUGCUUCCGUUCUAUCAAUUUGAAGCUUGGCAAUGCUCAGUUUGUCAUAUCUAAGGGGAAGAUAAUGCUCGGUUGUUUGAUCUUGCUCAUAUGUUAUGUUUUCAGGAAGAAGCAAGCUAGUGUAAAAGGGAUUAUUAAAAGACAAUUGGUUGCCGUGAAGAGGGCAUUGGUAGAUAUGUGGCAGCUUGCAUUUUCGUAUCAGCUAAACCCUCUAGCUGGUGUUCAACCUCUUCCUGCUGCUACACGCGGAGGUCAGUGAUGGAACAAUUGGUCAUUCAUUUGGAAUUCCUGGAUUGAGUUCUUGAAUAGCCUUGUGGUUCUUGGAAAACUACAUUUUUUUUUAUUUUGGCUUCACUUUUACUACUCACCAGCGCCACAAUGGAAGCAAUUUAGCAAAAUGUCUUCUGCUCUGCUUUUCUCAGAGUUGUCUAGAAUAGUACUUAAAAUAGUUGACUUGAAGGGUUAUAUGACUUACGACUAUCACAGGUUCUAAUUCCCAACAUUUGGGGUUAUGUACACAAUAAAGUUUAGUCAACUCUACACCAUAUAAAUAAAUAUUCUAUAAUUUAAUA